AUGCAAGACCCAUUCAGGCAAAAGAAGCAGAGUAUUUUAGCUAGUAUAUCAACAAAUGGCCCUGAUAAUGUUGAUGCUUCGCCUAAAGGUACUAUUGAUGAGCACUGUUUACCUAUAAUAAACUUGAUCAAUGCCCAUCCAGAUAUGGUAACGACAUCUUCAUGUAGUGGAAGAGUCUCUGUGUAUCUAGAGGGGACGCAAGACAAGAUAGUUUCCAAAGGAAACCAUGGCAAGUGGCUAUUUGUGACACAUGAUCCUUCUGAAAUGUUAGACUGGUACAAGACCCUCAAUUUCACAUUUGAGCCCAAUUUUCCCAGCUCUGCUUACAAUGCAAGGGGAAUUAUAUACAAAUUCGAAGCGCUAAUACUACACGUCAAAUGUCGAGAUUUUGCAACUGCAAAGCAACUAUAUACAGUUGCUAUGGGUUGCGGGUUUCGUGAGAGUGGGAUAGGUGGUAACUUUAACGUUGCAAUUCGAAUUUCGAUCAAGCUAGAUAUCCCCAUUGGGUACCAGUAUGAAGAGGGAAAAUACGUAUGCUUUGUUAGUCAAGAGUAUCUAGAAUAUAUUACCAAGUUAUCGAUAGAUAGGUUUGAUGAAAACUUUAAGAAAUUGCAACAGUUGUACAGUGCUAUUGAAAAGAUGGACUCAUAA